AUGGACCUUCGUGUUUGCUUGGACGAGGGACUGGAGCUAUAUCAAUGCAUGGGGAGGCGGAGCCGGUCAGUCGUAGGCCCUCUGCAGGGGAAAGGUUUGGUUUGGCGACGACACAUGAUCCAGUUUGACCUUGGACCCCGAAUGGAGCGUAUCGCGAAAAACCUGCGUACGUUGGAACGGCAGGCUAUUCAGACCACCAAAAGAUUGCGGAAGGGGGCGAAUGAGUCGGCCGGCCAAGUUUGCACCGACCCAACAGCCUUGUUGCUGUGA